AUGUGGGAGCACAUUCAAUCAUAUUGUCUAAGUCAACCUGUUACUACUAGUGGCAAAGAUGCUGCUGCUACUGUCUCUAUGCCUGAGGAUACUGUCAAUGACAAAGAGGAACCAGGGGAUGAUGCUUCAUUGGAGCUUCUUCUGCAGUUUUUAGUGUCAGGAAAGAAGUGUGCACCUGAUUGGUACAGAAUUGAUGCAGAUAGGUCACUGAUUGUUUAUACUGCCACUGAUUGUUUUAAGGAAGUUUCUACCAGUGUUCCUAAUGGUGAACCCAUUCAAUUAAGAAGGGGCAAGCACAUAUGUGUCACAAACAAACAAUAUGGUGCAUUUGAGGAGCAUUAG